UGAGCGUCAGUCUUUGAUUGUGCUUCGUACCGUGUUGACGCGUGCACUCACUUUUUCCUCUUUCUCUCUCCUUCCCUCUUCGGUCCUACAGCGUUUGGUGAAAGAUUCGCCCUUUGCAAAAUGGCGACGCAGACUACCACCAGAAGAAGGUUGAAUGAGAACGAAGAGAAAAUACGCAGUAGAAAUGGCUUAACCUUUCACGAAGGCGUCCUGGCUAAUGGUCAUGCCGGUUCGCAAAGCAAUGGACGUGUACAGUUUCCAGAUAAAGAAACCAAGUCGGAGCCGGUUACAUCUAGGUCGAAGGAAUCGUUCGAGAGGGUACCGUUCAUCACAGCUGCACUGACCCACCUCGGCUUCUAUUUUCUUAUGUUCCUCGGUUUUAUUAACCAACUGUUUUUCACACCGAAAGUCGCGAAAGAGUACAAUAGAGAGGGUUACGCGCCGCUUUAUGAACAUUUCGAAGAAUUUUACCUUCGAUAUGUUUACCGAAGAGUCAGAGAUUGUUGGAACAGGCCGAUAUGCUCUGUUCCAGGAGCCACUGUUACGCUUAAAGAUAGGAUAACACGAGAUUAUGGAUGGACGUUUCAAUUUACAGGAACGACCACCGAAUGUAUCAAUCUGGGAUCGUACAAUUAUUUAGGUUUCGCUGAGUCGGAUGGCAAAUGUGCUGAUCAUAGUAUCGAGACUUUGAAAAAAUUCGGUUGUACCACUUGUAGCUCUCGGCUGGAGCUUGGAAACAUGCCAAUUCACGAAGAAUUGGAACAGUUAACGGCCAGAUUUCUAGGCGUGGAAGACGCGAUUGUCUUUGGAAUGGGCUUCGCAACGAACGCUCUUAAUUUACCUUCGUUCCUAACUAAAGGAUGCUUGGUGCUCAGCGACGAGAAAAAUCAUGCCUCGUUGAUACUUGGAUUGAGGCUGUCCUGUUCUACCGUUAGAGUGUUCAAACACAAUGAUGUGAAGCAUUUAGAGACUUGUCUGCAAAAUGCAAUAGUUUAUGGUCAGCCAGGAAGCGGAGAACCUUGGAAGAAGAUAUUAAUUGUUGUAGAAGGUGUUUAUUCUAUGGAAGGUUCUAUUGUACAUUUACCUGAAAUUAUCGAACUUAAGAAAAAAUACAAAGCUUAUCUUUAUUUGGAUGAGGCCCAUAGCACUGGGGCAUUGGGUAAACACGGAAGGGGUGUUUGUGAUUACUAUGGAAUUGAUCCGCGAGAAGUGGAUAUACUUAUGGGAACCUUUACAAAGAGUUUUGGAUCUGCUGGUGGCUAUAUUGCUGGAACAAAAACACUAAUCAAUCAUUUAAGGAUACACAGUCACGCGCAUACUUAUGCGUCCGCCAUGUCUCCGCCAGUAGCUCAACAAAUAAUUACUUCAAUGAAAAUAAUUGCUGGUGAAGAUGGUACGGACGAAGGGAAAAAAAGAACGAAACAGUUAGCAAGAAACACUAAGUAUUUCAGGCGUAGACUCAAUCAAAUCGGAGUCAUUAUUUAUGGAAACGAAGAUUCGCCUGUUGUGCCUAUGUUAGUCUAUUUGUUUUCUAAGAUUGGCGCAGUCGUGCGAACUUUGACGACGCAUAACAUAGCGGCAGUUGGUGUUGGAUUUCCAGCAACUCCUUUGAUGGAAGGCAGAAUACGGUUUUGUCUUUCUGCUGCGCAUACCAAACAGCAGUUAGAUUAUGUACUCUCACGCAUUGAAAGUCUAGCAGACUCUUUGGGCUUAAGAUAUUCUCGAAAAUUUCGUGACCCAGCUCCCAUAGAAUAUUAUUCCGAUGGAGAAACCGAAUGACCUACUGCGUAAAAAAUAGACUCUAGGAUAUUUACCUUGCUCCAAAGAAGCAUUUUUUACUUCUAUGGAGAGAGACACUGCCUUGGAAGAACUCUACACGCAUUCUUUUAUAUGCUUUUCCAUUGAUGCACACGUUAUGCCGCUUAAUUAAAGUACACCACAAAUGAUUAAGAUUUUUCAUCGAUAAAAUCGACGAGCAUCUCUUUAUCUCAAUCUAAUAUAAAAUUAAGAAUUAAUGAUUCUUUAGUUUAGAAAUUUGUUCUUCUUCUUCUUCUUCUUCGAUACGUACAGCGAUGUUAGAUGUUUUUUCACGAUCUCUUAAACAGCAUACAACGAAUUAUUAAAUAUUAAUGGGGAAGCCAAGAGUGCGUCAGAGUUCGGUUGCCCCGUAUUUUACGUGCACCAGGCUCGUAGAGGCAUAUGCACAUAUCGGUGGCUGUGAUAUGCCAACAGAUCCUAAAUAGAUCCAGAAGGUAGUUUUAACAAAGUAAUUCGCAAGUAGAUUUUUAGUUUUUUCUCCAAGCCAGUAGAGAAACUAGAAGUUCGAUAUUUUUCUAAAAAAAGGGGAAAGGUCGAACGGAGACUUUAUUCUUUUUUUUUUAUUCUAAUACUUGAAGCUUUUUGCCGUAUUUUGCAUCGGCGCACUGCCGCAACUGCAUUUAUUUUAUACUGAGCUUUUACAUCAAGCUUUAAUCCUUUUGCUGUGGUAAAUGUUUUAGGUAGUAGCACAUCGAACAGAGCUUUGCCAGAAUUGUCUAUAUUUCAUAGCUAGUAUUUUUCCGCAUAUAUUUAUUAAGAAACUUAAAACCAUAGUAAACAGCUAAGGUGAGUACUUGAAACAUUUAAUGUCCAUAUUAACUGCAUAAGACAGAUAUAUUUGUCAAACUCAAUGGCCACAGUAAAAGGUUUAAAGUGAAAAAAUUCGAAAUGCUUCUCUUUCCUUUCAAAAUUUAUAUCAGGACACUUUAAAUUAUGUGAUAGUAGUCUAAAAUCUCUCUCUGUAAUCUUUUGGUUUCCUUUAUGUUUUUAAAAUUAUUAUUGUAAAUAGAAGUAAUUCAUUCUAAAUAGAGCAUAGAAAUGCGUGCACAUUUUUAAAAUAACAGUUUUGGGUACUUUUAAUUUUCGAAUUUCGUAUUUAAAUUAUUAAAAAUGUUAUAGAGUUGAUUGUUUUUUAAACUAAAAUUCAGAAAUUUUGAAAAGAACUAUAGAAGUUAUUUUAACAUACCUCUACUAAAUAAACUAUUUAUUCUUAAAGAGUAAGAUAUAUUUUGUUCUGACAAAAUAGGUCUAAGGUCACUUCGUCUAAUAAAAAUGAUACAAUUCAACAAUAAAUUCAACUUAAUUAAUUGUAAAUCAAACGUUCAUCUAUUAUUAAUUUAUAUCGAUGGAGCUUUACUUUACAUAUCUAAGAUAGAAAAAUAUUUUAUGGUAAAAAAAAACAUAGAAUUUAAAUUUUAAAAUAAAAUUUUUUCAAAAGGAAA